UGUUAAGGUUCACCACGCAUUAUUUAUGACAGGUUUUAAAAGUACAGAUACAGUUCGUUUUCGUAAACAUGAUGUUUGUAAACAUUAAAUAUUGCGUUUUGUAACCUAAACUCAGGGUUCAAUCUUUUAGUGUAUCUUGUAUAAGAAAGACGUGAGCUCAAGCUAAAACGAAACAUAUUCAAAAUGUAGAAAGGUCAUUCUGUAAAUAGAGAAAUUUCGAUUUGAAAACAGAUAAACACGGAUGACGUAGUAAACGAACUGUAACUACUUUACACGUUGGACUAUCUAAUAAAACAGGAACUUGGAGCCCACCCGCUUAAUUCAGUAGGAAUAACGUUAGUCUAAGGCUCGCGAGGCUGUGAGUUCGAUCCUUGGGUGGGGCGUAUGUUCUCCGUGAUAUUGGAUAAACAACAUUGUGUCUGAAAUCAUUAGUCCUCCACCUCUGAUUCAUGUGGGGAAGUCGAGAGUUACUUGCGGAGAACAGGAUGUAUGUGGAUUACAAACCAAAAGUUGAAGUCAUUUUGUAUAAGCCAACUUUCGAUUCAGUAACAAUAUAUGAAGAAAGGGGAUAAUUAUUAAAACACAGAUGCAGAAAGAACGUAACCUUGCUGGCACAGGCAGUCAUCUGAAGAGCCAUACAAGAAUGCAUACAGAAGAAGAAAAAAUUGAAUCUGAUGUUUGUGACAAUGGAAGUUCUGAAAGCAGUAACCUAAAGAUGCAUAAGAGAAUAUAUACAGAAGAGAAACCCUUUAAAUGUGUUGUGUGUGAUUAUGCAUUUAACGUUAGCAGUAGCCUGAAGAUGCAUAAGAGAAUACAUACAGGAGAGAAACCCUUUAAAUGUGAUGUUUGUGAUUAUGCAGGUAACAGGAGCUUUAAUCUGAAGAAGCAUAAAAGAAUACAUACAGCAGGAGAGAAACCCUUAAAAUGUGAUGUUUGUGAUUUUGCAUGUAUUGAUAAUAGUAAUCUAAAGAGGCAUAAGAGAAUACAUACAGGAGAGAAACGUGUCAAAUCCUAUAAAUGUGAUCUUUGUGUUUAUGCCGGUCCUGAUAGCAGUAGUUUGAAGACGCAUAAGAGAAUACACACUGGAGAGAAACCCUUUGAAUGUGAUAUUUGUGAUUUUGCAUGUAAGCAUAGUAGUAGUCUGAAAAAGCAUAAAAGAAUACAUACAGGGAAGAAACCCUUUAAAUGUGAUAUUUGUGAUUAUGCAUGUAACGAAAGCAGUCGUCUGAAGAUGCAUAAGAGAAUACAUACAGGAGAGAAACCUUUUAAAUGUGAUAUUUGUGAUUAUGCAUGUACCGAUAGUUAUAGUUUGAGGAGGCAUAAGGGAAUACACACAGGAGAGAAUCCCUUUAAAUGUGAUUUUUGUAAUUUCUCAUGUAUUGCUAGCAGUCGUCUAAAGACGCAUAGGAGAAUACAUACAGGAGAGAAACCCUUUAAAUGUGAUAUUUGUGAUUACUCGUGUAUUGAUAUCCGUAGUUUAAACUGGCAUAAGAGAAAACAUUUAGGAAAGAAAUCCUUGUGAUUCUUGUGACUAUUCUUGUGCAUCAAGCACUGCUCUGAUCAGAUAUACAAGGAUACAUAUAUUAUGAUGUAAAUAUUUGCCAUUUUUUAGCUCAUCUGAUUUUUUGAAAAAAAAAAUGAUGAGUUAUUGUCAUCACUUGAUCGGCGUCGGCGUUGCCUGGUUAAGUUUUAUGUUUAGGUCAGCUUUUCUCAUAAACUAUCAAAGCUAUUGCUUUGAAACUUGCAACACUUGUUCACCAUCACAAGCUGACCCUGUACAUCGAGAAACAUAACUCCAUCCUGCUUAUUGCAAGAAUUAUUGCCCCUUUUGGACUUAGAAAAUCAGUUUUCUUGGUUAAGUUUUAUGUUUAGGUCAGCUUUUCUCCUAAACUAUUAAAGCUAUUGCUUUAAAACUUGCAACACUUGUUCACCAUCAUAAGCUGACCAUGUACAGCAAGAAACAUAACUCUGUCCUGCUUUUUGCAAGGCUUAUGGCCCCUUUUGGACUUAGAAAAUAUCAGAUUUAUUGGUUAAGUUUUAUGUUUAGGUCAGCUUUUCUCCUGAACUAUUCAAGCUAUUGCUUUGAAACUUGCAACAGUUGUUCACCAUCAUAAGCUGACUAUGCACUUCAAGAAACAUAACUCUAUCUUGCUUUUUGCAAUAAUUAUGGCCCUUUUUGGACUUAGAAAAUCAUGGGUAGGACAAUUUUUCUAUUAUACAAAAAAAAAUCAGAUGAGCGUCAGCACCCGCAAGGCGGUGCUCUUGUUUAUACAUUACAUUUUUUUUUAAAUUUCAAAUGAUAUUUAUAUUUACAGAAUACCUACAUGUUUAGUAUCAAAAUGUUUGUUUUUUAAAGUUAAAGUUGAUUUAAUAAUUAGUUUUUGUAAAUUCUGAUGUUUAUAAUUCAAUCAUUGGAAAUUUUCAUUUUCAUUUAAUAAGAAAAUUACAUAAGUGUCAGAUUAUGUUAAGCUCUCUUUAAGUCUCCAAAAGAUUGUUAAGCCAGGAAGCCAAGCUGUCAACUUGUAAAAAUGCUUUGUGUUGUUUUUCCUGUUCUUCUGCUUAAUCCUGCCAAAUAUUGUGAUAAAAUAUGAUAACUAAGUAAUUACUUAAGCCAUAUGUGUAAAUAUGUCACAUGUCAUUUCACAUAACCAAUGAGAAUCCUUCAUAUUUUUAACAUGAUGUUUCUUUUAAUUUUAAUUAGCAUAUUCUUGCACUUUACUCUUAGAUGACAAAGAAGAAGGUGUUCCUUCAUAAAGAUUAACUUUCACUAUUUCUAUUUGUGGUGUUCCACAUGGACUUGAGCAUUUAAAUAUGUGCUUGGUGUUCCAACAUACUCUGGUGAACCAGAUAAAUUUAUGUUGUGUUUAAAAAUUGGAACUUUAGUAAUAAAACUGAUAAACUA